AUGGCUAAACUGGUUUUCUCUACAAUUAUUUAUACUGUGAUCAUAAAUUGUUAUUUAGUUUCAAGUGAUGAACAAAGUCCAUUAGCUAAUACUAAUAAUCUCAUUGAAGAUUCCAGUUGCCCUAUAGCCGAAUUAAAUGAUCUUAAUAAUCAACGUCUUUAUCCAUUAUUACAUAAGAUAGUUGAUAAAAAUUAUUUUCGAUUUUAUCCAGUUAAUCUUAGAAAGAAAUGUCUAUUUUGGCCAGAUGAUGGUCAUUGUUCACGUCGAACAUGUGCAAUAAAACAAUGUCCUGUUGAAAAAUUACCUGAACCAUUGCGUGAUAAAGUAAAUCAUUUACAUGAGUCUUGUGCCACGAUUCAUAGUAAUUCGUCACUUGACAUAAUUAAUAAAAAUAUAAGUGAAGAACAUAAGCAAACUAUUCAAACUUGGAUUCAAUUCGAUGAUGGACAAUCGGACAAUUUUUGUGAUGUUGAUGAUGAAACAUCAGUUGAUUUAGAAUAUAUUGAUUUAUCAAUGAAUCUCGAACGUUACACUGGCUAUACAGGUCCAUCAACUCAACGUGUAUGGUCAGCAAUCUAUAAUGAAAAUUGUUUCUUUUUGCCAGAUUCAAAAAUCUAUUAUGAUCUGAGACAAAAACGAUUAAACGCACAUAAAAUGUGUCUUGAAGGACGAACAUUCUAUCGUCUUGUAUCAGGUCUACAUACAAGUAUUACAAUACAUUUAUGUGCACAAUACUUUUUUCCAACAAUCGGUGGCGGCUAUACAGGUCUAGAUGGCAGAUGGGGACCAAAUUUUGACGAAUUUCAACGACGUUUUGAUCCACAAACAACUGAUGGCGAAGGUCCAAAAUGGUUAAAAAAUGUUUAUUUUAUUUAUUUAAUAGAACUACGUGCUAUUUAUAAAGCACGAAACUUUUUUAAAGAUCAAACAUUUUUUACAGGAAAUGAAGCUGAUGAUUCAGAUACAAAAGAAUUAUUUAUGAAUCAAUUUAUAAAGGAAAUUGAACCAUUUGCAAAUUAUUUCGAUGAAGAUUAUCUAUUUCAAAAUGGCAAUGAACUGUUAAAAGUUGAAUUUAAAGAACAUUUUCGAAAUAUUAGUUAUAUUAUGGAUUGUGUUGGUUGUGAUAAAUGCAAAUUAUGGGGAAAAUUACAAGUGCAAGCAUUAGGUACGGCAUUAAAAAUUCUUUUUACGGAACAUCCAAUACAGUUACAACGAUCAGAAAUUGUUUCAUUAAUUAAUGGAUUUAAUCGUUUAUCAACAAGCAUAUAUCAACUUGAACGUACAUUCAAAACAUAUAUUAAGAAAAAUAGUUGA